AUGGUUUCCACAUUUUCUGCCUUAUGUAAGACAGUGGCCUAUGGUGUGUCAGGGCUGAGCACCUGUUAUUGUUUGUUAAAAUUUGGUUGCAGUCUUGGAAAGUGUGAGGAUGUUUCCAUGGAACCAACCAUACAGGAUGGGGAUCUUGUUCUGAUUUGUUCAUUUUAUGUCAGACAUCUGCUUCUUCAGAAGGGUGACAUUGUAUUUUCUAAAUCGCCGUAUGAUCCCAGAUCAGUUAUAUGCAAACGUAUUGUUGCCAUGGAAGGGGAUACAGUUUUCAACAAUGAAAAGGGUUUAGCAGAAUAUGUAGGUAAAGGUCACGUCUGGUUGGAAGGUGAUAACAAAGAAGCAAGUGUUGACUCUCGAUAUUAUGGUCCUCUCCCAUAUGGACUUCUCAUAAGUAAAGUAACAGUACGAUUGUGGCCGCCAGAAAGAUUUGGUUUUUUAGACUUUUCAAGGAGCACCAGAAAGUCAUCAUCUUGA